AACAUAACUACAAUUUAAAGAUAGGAGAAAGACAAGUGAACAAAAUAGCAGGCAAAUGUAAGAUUAUCCUAUGUUCUUUGAUUGAUUUAUUUCUUCAUCUUCUAUUCAUAGGUGUGAAAUUAAGUCUUAAGCGCAAAAGGGAGGAUGAUCAACCAAAUCCAGAAUAUGUUCUAGAUUUGUUAAGAGAACUUGAUGAAUAUAAAGGCCAUCUGCCUUGUAUGCAUAUGCGAAAGGGUUUUUCUCGACUGAGGAGCAUUUUCGUGUAUUAUAAAGAUCUUGGUUUAGAUUUAGACAAAUUAGAAGACGGAUCUAUAGUUUUCCAUCUGUCUACACAUGAUCCGAAUGCUUUGAUGAAUCUAUGGGAAGUACAUUCUAGCGGGAAGCUCAUCAAAGAUUUAACAGGAAUAUUUGUCCCAGAGAAACAUCAGCAGGAGUUCUUAGAUGAAUGGAUGACAUACAUCGAUGAAAAUGAAUACAAAGCUGCACUCAGUAAGCUGAAAGAAAAGGAUACUCAAAAGAGUGACCUGCCUGUUGUGCCAUCUGCUAGGACCCUUGAAGGAACAUCUAAAGAAUUUUCAAGUGAUGAUAACAAGACUCAGCUAGUAGGACCAAGUGAAACUAUGAUAGAGACUAAAAAAAGUAUCGUGCCUGAUGUGCCAUCCUUUAUGAGCCUUGAAGGAACAUCUGAAGAACUGUCAAGUGAUGAAAACAAGGCUCAGCUAGUGAGACAAAGUGAAAGGACAGAAAGUGAGACACAUGAUGUACCAUCCCCUGCCACCUUUAAAGAUACAUCUGAACAAUUAUCAAGAGAUAAACACAAGACACUAGUGGGAUCAAGUGAAAAGACUCAAAAAAGUGAGACAUCUGACUUAUCAUCACCUGCCACCCUUGAAGUAAAACCUGAAAGAUUACCAACCGAUGAGCACAAGACACAGCUAAUGGGAUCAAGUGAAAAGACUAAAAAAAGUGAGACUGAUUUAUCAUCACCUGCCACCAUUGAAGUAAAACCUGAAAAAUUGCCAACUGAUGAGCACAAGACACAGCUAGUGGGAUCAAGUGAAAUAAUAAUGGAGACUCAAAAAAGUGACAUGCCUGAUGUGCCAUCCAUUAUGACCUUUAAAGGGUCAUCUGAAAAAUUGUCAAGUGAUGAAAUCAAGGCACAGCUAGAGAGAACAAGUGAAACAUCUGAAGGAAUACUUGAGGAAUUACCAGGAGAUGGUGAUAGCAAACUGGAAACACGACUUGUACAACCAAAAAUGGCUAAAGCUUAA